AUGGCGAGCAAAGAGACCCAAACGUCACCGUCUCCGUCUAGUAUCCGGGAAGAAGCGCAUGAUUCAGCUAGCUUACAGACCAUGUUCGACGAUGGCGACACAUACGAUGUGCCCGAUUCGCUAGAAAGCAACAUAGGGUCUGCAGAAAAGGAACCAGAUAAAGAGAAAGAAAGCCUAAUUGUGGACUGGGACGGCCCAAAUGAUCCGGAGAUGCCGAAGAACUUCCCCACAUGGAGGAAGUGGGUGAUCACCAUGAUGCUAGGACUAAUGACAAUCUGCGUUACAUUCGGCUCAUCAGUCUUCAGCACCGCAACAAAACAAACAGGGAAAAAGUUCGGCGUCUCCUCAGAGGUAAUGGUGUUAGGUGUCAGUUUAUUCGUCCUGGGCUUCGCCUUUGGCCCUAUUAUCUUCGGCCCCCUGUCUGAACUGUACGGUCGCAAGCGUCCACUAUUUGUGGGAAUGUUUAUCUUCGCGAUCUUUCAGAUCCCCGUCGCGGUCGCCCAGAACUUGCAGACUAUUUUCAUAUGUCGCUUUUUCGGCGGACUCUUUGCCAGUGCACCACUUGCCAUUGUAUCCGGUAUCUUGGCUGAUAUGUUCGGGCCGGUAGAGAGAGGCAUUGCAAUGGCCAUUUUCGCCGCGGCAACCUUCAUCGGUCCGGUAGCUGGACCAAUCGUCGGCGGGUUCGUAACAAUCUCGUACCUGGGCUGGCGGUGGACAGAGUACAUUACAGCUAUCUGGGCGUUUGCUAUGACUGGCAUCGGGGUUCUAGUAAUCCCCGAGACCUUCGAGGGGACAUUACUCCAGCAACGCGCUAGGCAACUGCGCACCAAAACUAAGAACUGGGCUCUCCACGCAAAGGUAGAAGAGAAUGUAGUCAGUCCUCGAGAUAUUGCGAGUGGUGGAGCCUUUAUAUCGGUUCUCGGCUACUCGUUCGAAAAUCCACCGAAAGACAAAUAUGAAUUACACGUAGUUCGUCUUAUCGCGACCGAGGCACAAAUCGUCAAAUUGUCCAUCGGCCAGGUCCGAUGUGGAGCAAACCGUCAUGAAUGA